AUGCUGAGUGAACACUGUGCUGCAGCGAGCCUCCUGUCAUCAGAGGAAGUUUGCUCAAGGCGUGAGGUGCGGGGAGGAACCCGGGCUUACAUCACGUCACAGCGUCAAAGCCGCAGCCUAUUCUCAGAGUACCGCCUGCGGGCUUCACACCCCCGGGGGACCUCUCUGGCCAUUGUGUUCCUGCCAGUGGCUGUCAUUUUGCUGCCUUCCCUCUCCUGCUUCCCUCCUUUUGCUCCCCAGUCCUGUGGACUGCAACAGAAACCCCUGAAUCUUCUCUUCCCGUUAUACGAACAAUUGCUUUGUUCCCAGUUUCGAUAG